AUGAAGUACCCCCUGGUACCACUGGUGAACGACCUCACCUUUUCUUUCCUGGUGUUCUGGCUCGGUCUGCCUGUGGGCUUGCUGCUGUUUUUGUUGAUCAUCUGGCUACGCUUCCUACUUAGUCAAGCUUCAGAGGAAAAUGACCCAGAUUUGUGCUUUGAUUGGGACCCCUGGAUCAAAGGCCCGGGAGAGUUUUGCUGGGAGGAGAAGGUGCAGAGCCCAGAGGCGGAAAGACCCAAAUGUUCUGGGGCCCAGAGAGAGAGAGGCAAAUGCCCGCAGUUGCACAGAGAAUGGCCUUUGGGGUGGGAGUAUUCAUCACUUGGAGCCGAGCUCAAGGUGAGGGCAGGACAGAGGGAAGGAGGUACCGAGCGGGAUCAGAGGUACGUCAGCCACGUGCAAAAGAACACGGGCCCCUCGGGCAAAAGUCAAGAUUCCGGGCUGGUGACAGUGCCCCCAUUCACCAAGCUCUUCCAAGUGCCAGGCCCCGUGCCACGCCCAGGUGGCGUGUCUGAAGCAGGCUCUGGCUGA